ACGGAGCUGAAGAUGGGAUGCUGCGCUACCCUGUGCGUAAUCCACAAGGUGCUCUGGGUACAUUUUGAGAUGACAACACGCGGACCCAUGUUUUAGUCUUAUGCUAUUUCAUUAGUUCAUUAGCAGAAUGCAAUGCAUUUGCAGAUCAGAAUGAGCGUUUUUAAAUAAUAUAUGGGUCGCUGGAUUCGGCGUUUUUUUUUUCGCGUGGCACCUGUUGCCUUUUCUGACAGAUUUUGGGCGACGAAUUGACGGCGACCUAGAUUUUGUUUUUCAAUUCAGGACAAUGUCGGAAGAUCAGUUGUACGGUUCUUCUAACUCAAGUGGAUAUUAUUUUGGCAACGACUCAACCAAAAUCCACUCCAACUUCGCGUUUUCUGGACCUGUGUUUGUCGUUUUGGUAGUGUUGAUGGUGACUUUGGUUGUUGUGAUUGUCCUGGGAAACGCGUUGGUUAUCUUCGCUUUCAAAGUAGACAAGAGUUUGAGGAGACAAUGCAACUACUACCUUCUGAAUUUGGCAAUAUCGGAUUUCCUUGUAGGGGCCUUCUGCAUCCCGCUCUACAUGCCCUACGUCCUGACGGGCCGCUGGACGCUCGGCCGAGCCCUGUGCAAACUCUGGCUGGUGAUGGACUACCUUCUGUGCUCCGCCUCCGUCUUCAACAUCGUGCUCAUCAGCUACGACCGCUUCCUGUCCGUCACGCGGGCGGUGAGCUACCGGGCCAGGCAGGGCAUGCCCCACCAGGCCAUGGCCAAGAUGCUGGGUGUGUGGCUGCUGGCCUUCGCCCUGUACGGCCCCGCCAUCAUCUUCUGGGAGCUGGCGGUGGGCCGCAGCCGCGUGCCCACGGGCCAGUGCUUCGCCGAGUUCUACUCCACCUGGUACUUCCUGCUGAGCGCCUCCAUGCUGGAGUUCUUCUCGCCGCUGCUCUCCGUGGCCUUCUUCCACCUCAGCAUCUACCUCAGCAUCCGCCGCCGCCGGAUCCUCCACAGCAGGGAGUCCGCCCCCCGGCCGCCGCCGCCGCCGCCGCCGGAGCCCCGCGUCCUGCCCCGCUCCCACCACCAACACCACCACCCCCACCACCACCACCUGGCCGCCGCCGAGGCAGCCUCCCGUGCCCAGGGGAAGGACGGCCCCCCGUCGUCGCGUUCCCUGCACCAGCACCACGGGGGUCUGGGGGCGAGGCUGGCCAUGAGGGGCUCCUUCCUCUCCCCCUCCUCCCCCUCCUCCUCCUCCUCCACCACCUCCGCUAACGCCACCGCCGCCAACGCCACCGGCGCCACGGGCAAACUGGACCUGUCGGCGGCCUGCCGCCCCAGUCGUCUGGCCAGGGACAAAAAGAUCGCCAAGUCCCUGGCCAUCAUCGUGUGCGUGUUUGCCAUCUGCUGGGCGCCCUACACCCUCCUGAUGAUCAUCCGCGCCGCCUGCAGGGGGCGCUGCAUCCCGCAUCACUGGUAUGAGGUCACCUUCUGGCUCCUGUGGCUCAACUCGGCCAUUAACCCCUUCCUGUACCCGCUCUGCCACAGUAGCUUCCGCCGCGCCUUCGCCCGCAUCCUGUGCCCGCGGAGACGGGCCACUCAGUCCUCGGCUGACCUUCACGGCAGCCACUGACGGGAGAAUACACGCGCGCGCACACACACACGGAGGCGCGCGCACACACACACACACGCGCGAACAUGCGCGAGUGCACAUGGAUUUAUUAUUAAUGAAUGCGUAUUGUGUACAUCUUUACUUGAGUCAUUGGUGGUUGCAAAUAACGCUGGUCACAGCUCAGUACACAUGGGAGGACGGGAGAUGGAGUGAAACUAGAUUUUAGGAGUUAUUUUUGUCAUAAUGACCAUUGCUUGCGGCCUAUUUAGGCGGUACAAUUUAGGAGGUGUAGUUUAUUAGUGUUUUGUGCUAGGAAAUACUAGGAAAUACAGUGUAAAUGAUGUAUCAGACAUAAUUUAAAAGCGUUUUCUAUACAAUAUAGGAUGGAAAGGACGUAAAAGUGCCAUUUCAUGAAGCCAGUGGAUUUAUCAUCUUUGUUGGAACUUUACGUUGGGUGAAAGUGUGCACCAAAAAGCAAGUUCAAUAGGUUGAAGAGGAAGCACAUUUGCACUACUUCACUAAAAUAUAUCGUCUUGAAAAUGUUUACGACUAUCUCUUUAACAGAUCUCUCUCCUAAUCCCAUGGCAACAAUGCAAAACAGUAUUUGUUCGGAUAAACCGUCGAACAGAUGUAUUUCUGCUCAAGUACCACUAGAUGUCACCAUUUACCUUCACAGCAUUAUCUGCUAGCGGUGCUUCGGUGUUAGGUUGUUUUUUUGCUGUGUAAGUCAGCUUUAGGAAAUAUUUGGAAAUAUUUCAUGUUCAAGGUGGAUGUUUUACACAAUGAAUGUGAAUAGGCUACAUACAUUGAAACAAUAAAACGACCUAUUAUCAGUGCAAUACAAUAUGCUUGUGUAGGAUCGAUCUUUAAGUGUAUUUAUACUACGUUGUAUCUUUCUAUGGCUCAAACCGAGCGUAAGAACUUUGUUGUAAAAUGUAGUUAUUACGAACUUUAUGGUUAACUUUAACUGCAUGGUUUACUAUACGACAUUGUUUAACCAUCCGUGAAUAUGAGCCUUUUAAAACCAUGUCUGGAAGAUCCAUUGCAUCAAUUAAAAAACCAACCAUUGUUUUCCUGCACA